GCGAUUGCUAGUACUAGUAUUACUAUUAGUAGUCCUCUAAGUAACAGUUAGUUCUAGUAGUAGUUGUUGCUGAGUAAUAUUUCGCGACGUUUGACCUACUAUGAUUCUGAGCUGUGAUCUGCAGAGACCGGGCGACCGUCAAUGACAAGAUCGUUAUUGUAAUUCAUUGUGAACGCAUUUGCUAUCGCUAGGGGCUGUACAUAACUGCACUAGUGCCCUGAGUCAGAUGAGAACGCAGUCACAAAUUUCAGCUCCUGCUCAGAGUCAUAAUACCACCGGUGCGACACCUUCCUCGAUGGAGUCUCAAGUGGACCUUGGCGCUGGUUUAGUGUGAGAAUGGCGGCAGCGGGACCAUGAGCAUUCUGGCACGAACGUUCGAUACUACCAUUCGAGUUUUGCUAUGCAGAAAGCAGACGGUGAAGCGCAUUUUGACCGUAGCUGCUCUCGCAGCCGCCUGGAUAUUCUUUUCGCAUGUUCUGCUGGACAAGCAUGGCACGGCGGGACGGCGUGCCGAUGGCCGUAAUCCAGGAUCUAAAAACAACUUGCGAUCUUCACAGGGAGCCUUGACCAGCGUCUCUGCAGAGUCAGUGCACACGACUGAAGAUUGGUUCGGGCAGGACGUCGACAGCCGGGGUGGUGUGCAGGUAGGCCGCCGUGUGCAAGAUGGUAAUGCAGACUGGCCUGGUGGUGGUGGUCCACGCGGCAUGCCCAGUGAUGAUCAGAAGCCCUUGAUACAGGUCAUCCACAAACCUGGCCUUUUACCUGUCAAGAGCCCGAAGCACAUCCAGCGAGACGUGGCGUUUCAACCCGAUCCGCAUAAUGAACGAGGUAAAUCCCCUGUUCACACUGUGCGUCUACCGUCACGUCGCUUGCCGGGCACGCUACCUCGGGCGACCAAGAAAACGGCAGAACGCGACCGGUUUGGCAGUGACAUUGUGCGGGGCAUGACCGUUGGCGUUGGUGUGGAGCCAAUCGCCCUGCUGGUCCUGUGCAAAGAGCCGUUCUUCUCUCUCUCGCUGGCCGAUAUGCGCGAGCUCCUCGGCAAGCAUCGCAUACGCUUUGAAAUCGGCCGCGGCAGCGCCAGUCCGGAUUCGUUCUUUCCACAGGCACCCAGCAUGGGCGCAGAGCCGCAGGGACGGUACAGUGUGAUUAUAUUCGAGAACUGGUCGCUGUACACUGACGCGCCGGAUGCGAAACGGGAGGAUCUGGAUUCGUACUGCCGCCUCUACGGUGUUGGCAUGGUGGCGUUCGUGUCGCCUGCCUACCCGUUUGUUUUCAAGCAGGUCACCGUGCGCCCGCUGGUGGAUACCACGCGGAACGUCAGCAUGGUGUUGAGAGUGAACGGCCGCUCGCCAAUGCUGCGGAUUGUCCGCGAUGGCGGCGAGAUGCUGACCAGCGUGUCUGGUGGCGACUGGUGUGCGUUUGAGGGCAACACGUCCGCCUUUGAUCCAGUGGAGUACGCCAGGCUGCCGGAUGGCGCCGAUAGCACCGAGUGGCGCAUCUCCUUGCUGGACACUGGGCGUGUGGACGGCAUUCGUCGUGUGCUCUUCUGCCAGCACCCGGGCAUGUACCUCUGGCUGCACAAGGCCUUGUUCCUGGAUGCUGUUAGCCAUCUGUCUCCGGCCACCCUGGGACUGCCACUCGCUCGCCGAUUUCUCGUGGACAUUGACGACAUAUUUGUCGCUCCGCUGGGAACCAAGAUGAGUCCCGAUGAUGUUGAGCAACUUGUCAAGACGCAAGAGGAAGUGAGAAAACAAGUCCCGCGCUUCACGUUCAACCUUGGCUUUGUCGGCUCCAAGUUUGCGCAGGGGACACCAUGGGAGGCAAAAGGUGAUCACCAUUUCGUCGAGCUGGCGCAGCACUUUUACUGGUUUCCACACACGUACACGCACAUUGCACCACACAGGACAUGGAAUGUUUCGGAGAUGAUCAGGCAUAUGAAGGCGAACAAGGAGUUUGCAGAGACCAACAAGAUACCAGUGAGUGGUGCGUACGCCAUUUCUCCAAAGCACUCCGGUGUCUACCCAGUCCACGAGCCCCUGUACACGGCCUGGAGAGAGGUGUGGGGUGUCAAAACAACGUCCACCGAAGAGUACAUGCACUUGAAGCCUGGAUAUAAGCGCCGCGGAUUCAUAUACAGAGGGAUUAAGGUAGUGCCUCGGCAAGUAUGUGGCUUGUACACGCACACGUUCAAGCGCCAGGACUACCCUGGCGGCAUACAGCGACUGCAAGAGACUGCGGAAGGCGGGGACAUGUUUGAGAGCAUUCUACACAACACGAUCUGCAUCUUCAUGACUCACGUGUCAAACUACGGUCAUGACCGCCUGGGCAAUUACGUUGUGAAGGCGGUGGUGGACUACAUCCAGCGCUGGACCAACCUGGAACUGUCCUACUCACCGCCGCACGAGGCUGUCAGCGAAUACUUUGAGCAGCACCUGGACGAGGCCAUGCCGUUCUGGCUGGACCCAUGCAGAGAUCCCAGGCACUACGCCAUCUGGUCUGAGGAGAAGCGUCGUUGCUUCAACCUACCCAACGUACUAGUGGUUGGGCCGCAGAAGACUGGCACGACGGCACUGCUGGACUUCAUGACGCUGCAUCCGAAGAUCUCGCGCAACCGCAAUACACCGAAGCACUUUGAGGAGAUGCAGUUCUUCAGCAACGAUGCCAACUAUCUCCUCGGCCUGGACUGGUACAUGCAGCACAUGCCAUUGGUCAACACUGCCACGAACCUCACCAUCACGUACAAUGCCAGUGAUACCAUCGAGAAGCCGGCUCACUUCAUCGUUGAGAAGAGCGCUACGUACUUCGACAGCUACAUGUCACCGCUGCGCGCCUGGCGUCUGAUGCCCUCCGUCAAGGUCAUUGUGAUACUGGUUGAUCCGGUCAAGAGAGCGUACUCCUGGUGGCAGCAUCAAGUGGCCCACAAAGACCCAAUCACAACUCAGGUGUCGUUCCGCACGCUGCUGUUGCGCAAUCACCGGCACAAUCGGGCUAAGUCAGUUCUGAAACAACGAUGCCUCUUCCCAGGCCAGUAUGCAGUCCAUCUGAAACGAUGGCUGGCAUUCUUUGGGCCCAAACAGAUACACAUCAUAGACGGCGAGGAGUUGGUCAAAGAUCCAGUGCCGGUGAUGCACGCUGUGCAGAAAUUCAUCGGGGUGCAGUUCAUCGACUACGCACAGCAUAUUAAGAAAUCGGCGACGAAGGGCUUUUUCUGCCCAGUGAUCAAUGGAAAGCUGAAGUGCCUUGGCAAGGGUAAAGGACGCACGUAUGCACCAAUGGAACCCAGUGCCCGCACGUUGCUCAAGGCGUACUAUGCUGAGCACAAUAAGGACUUGGCAAAAAUCCUGGGUUCGAUAAAGGUGCCUCUGCCGACGUGGCUGAAAGAAGAUCUCAGGAAGAGGGAAGCUACUGCAGCUGCUGCUGGCAACGCCGCCGAAGUGUAAUGCUGUGGAGGUACUGGCAGGUGGCUCCUCGUUCAAGCACUGCCUCGCGUGGUGUGACUUACACUGCCGUGAAACUGCAAUGGUGAACAUGUUUGUUGAGCGUGUGUGUAUGUGUUCGUUAAUGUGUGUGUGCGCUUAGCCCGACUCAAGCUUGAGUAAUAUAUACGUGCACACACACGCCGAGAUUACAAUUCACAGCGUACCUACAUGCCGCACUAGCGUGUGCGAGGACUUUGAGUACCGGCGUAUAGUAGGAUCUACUCCGUUUCUUGAUUCAACCAAUGCUUCUCCAUUCUCGUGUGCAGUGUGGUGUCAAUGGCUUGACUGAUCUCUCUCAUUCUUACCCUCUUGAGCAUUGAAGCGUUCUUCCAUUCUUCGAUAAAGUGUGAGUGUUGUGUGACAUAGCCCUUUCUAGUAGUAGUACUAUUUAUGUUUGAACUCUAGCAGUGAUGGUGGUGGUUAGUAAUGUGCAUCGUGAUAUCUGUCCUCACACUGAUGAGACUUGCUUCUUUCGUUUUUGCCAUGGCGCGCACUAGUACCGUUAUGAUUUGCUGUGCCUUAUUUCAUACCAGCCGCGUUGAUAGAGCGCUUUGUGAUCGGAAA